AGCAAAAUAGCCCGUUGAGUAGAAGGAAGUAUCARURGAUAAUAUCAUGACAUCUUGAGAUAUCACAAUCUGGCUCGUAUGGUGGAGAAUUUUGCUUCYAAGUUCGAAAGAUUGCAGUUAUGUUGUUCACAUUUUGAUCAUAACGUUGUUUUUACCUCUAUCCGAAYAYAAACCAUAGUUCYAUUCCGAUAAAAGUYUCCCAUCAUGAAGUUUCAAAGCAUCCUCGUCGGCUUUUUGCUGUCUAAAGCCAAGGUAGAUUCGAGCCUCGUGGUCUCGAAAUCUGAUCCACAUCAGUCAUCUGGUAAAAUCAGCAACGAGUAUUCUGAAAGCAGUGAAAUGGAUACRAAUAGAAUUCUACAUCGAGUUCUCGCACCAAAAGGGGACAAGAAGACCAAGGAGACCAAGAAGACCCAGAAGACCAAGAAGGACAAGAAAAACGACCCUGCCCCAAGUCCUAUAGUCGGAGCUCUACUUAGUCGCCCUCAUAAACUGGAAUACGAACAUAGAACUCUUUGUAUCCCAGGAGUGAAAAUGCAUGGCUGUUCCGAUGAAGCAAGGCAAAUCAAAAAAGGCGGUUUCUUGCAUGAAGAUAUCAGAGGAAGAAGGUAUGUCAAGCAAACAGGAGUUUAUGCUGCAAAAUCAUACUGUGAUUAUGCCGAUGAAAUCACUUCUGGUGCUCCACCGGACAUCCGCCAUCCGAUUGGCAGCAAAGUCAAAUCCAAAGAAGGUACAACACGAGAUGAAAAAUGCAAAGCKUCUGGGUCCGGCUCUGGCGCAGUGGAGAUGGAAGAUCCAGCGGAGCAUUUUAAGUUUGAGGCUGAAAUCGUCGAAAACAAUAAAAGGUUGAGGAAAUACACKGCUACAAUCUAUGAYAUGAUGGAUAAAGACGGCGACGAUAGAAUUUUACACAUGGUUGACGCAGGACUUCAACCUGAUACAGUUGUAUAUCUUGAGGRAAUGGACGGUAAACCAUACAAAGUUCAAAGUAUCAACCGUCAAGAGGUGUUGCAUGAAACAAUCUUCACCAAGUUUGAACUCCUUGAUGAAAGUGAUAAUGGAAAAAGCGCAGACGAAAUUGCGAGAGCAUUUGGUGGUUUCCAGAGUCCAAUCGUGUUAGAUGAAAUCAUUCUUCUUCCUGAGGUUUCUGAAGCAAACACGAAAUUUGACUUGAAGAUUCCGUCUGGCUGUAGUAGCAGCUCUUCCAUUUGUCUUGAGUUGAAAGAUUCAACCAACGGGACGCUCGCAUCAAAUUUUACUUUGGACUUUAACUUGAACGGAGGAUCUGGAGGUAGCAUUGCGUUGACAACUAAUUUACAAACUGCAGGGCUGCCUGAUCCAAGACUCCUGAAGGCCUCGGCCAUGGCGGAAGGCUGCUUAACGGAAGGUAUAAAUUCGGGAUGGGCCCAAUUUAACAUCAAAGGUUGUCUGAAGGGAUCGUUUAACUAUGAUUCUAGCAGCGGCGAUAAAUCUCCAACUGAGGAAACAUACGAGGUUUAUCUAUCAGUCACUGCUUCUGCAGGUAUUCACGGUCACGAUCUCACGAUUGAGAUAGAUGGGAGUCUUACAUUGCAUGCUGAGGGUGUUGACGGGAACGAAUAUUUCAUUGGAUAUGAUGGAUACGGUAAUAUGAAGGUGGGAAUCAAAAUCGUAUCUGCGAGCGUGGGGGUCGGAGUUGAUUAUGCCACACAAAACUACAAGACCUACAACCAACCAGGCGGAUGGGGAACCAAAUUCUAUGGUAAUUUUGGUUGGGAAUUAAGUAUUUGGCACUGGCACCAUUCAUCAACGUUUUCACACGUAUUUAGUUGCGAACCUUCAGGCAACCCACUUUGUUCAAGUGGCAAUCGAAGAGCAUUGUUUGCAACCAGUACAGAGGAUAGAAACGACCAUCAAUUGGUAAUGYCAGACGACGGAAAUCUUGUUGUUUAUGACAACAACGGACAUGCUCUUUGAUGGUGAUGUUGACCUGGGAAUGUUGGAAGGUUCCUUGCUGCGUGGUAAUGCGUGGUUUGCAAUAGAAGAGCACCCAACUAGCAGGAGAUAACAUUGUGCUCGUUGAACUUGGUGUACGGGAGAAUUGCCCUCAUUCUAGUAUGCUUCCCAGACUAGACACCAAGGCAAGUUUGUGGAUCAGUGUAAAUGUAAAUACAAAUGCAAUAAAUUAGCAAUAAAMAUCAAUCGGUAGU